CUUUAUUGCAUUUAUUGAUUGUCAUACAUAUAUGUAUGGUAAAAAUAAAACAGUUGAUUCUAAUGAACAUAACAUCCAAGAUACUACUCCUAAGACUGUCAUAGAACCAAAAUUAACUGGUGAAAUUUUGGGCAAUACUGUUCUUAAGGUAUUGAAACAUUUUUCUUUAGACCCUCAAUACUGUGUUGGAGUAGGUACAGAUGGAUGUUCUGUAAUGGUAUCUUCUAUCAAGGGAGCUAUUAAAACAAUACAAUCAGUUGCUAAAAAUGCUGCACGUUGUUCUUGUGCUAAUCAUGCAUUAAAUUUAGCCAUUUCUAAAUCAUCAACAGUUCAAAGUAUAAGAAAUAGUGUUGGUCUUGUAAAAGAAAUUGUUUCAUUUUUUAAUAUGUCUGCAAAAAGAAACUUUGUUCUAAAAUCAGUUUUAAAUGGAAAACCUCACUUAAAAAGUCUAUGUGAAACGAGAUGGAAGGACCGCCAUGAUAGCAUAGCAAUUUUUAAAUGUUCAAUGUCUGACAUUAUAGAAGCCUUGACCAAUAUAUCAGAAUGGAAUGAAUUAGAUUCAUCAUCUAAAGCCAAAACUCUUUUAACAGCUAUGUGUACAUGUGAAUUUAUAAUUUCAAUUAAUGCCCUAUCUAACAUAUUAAGUGUAACAGCUCCUAUAAGUAGAAUACUUCAAGGCAUUGACAAUGAUGUAUUAGCUGCAUUUGAAUGUAUUAAAAAUGUAGUAACUAUUUUGGAAAAUAUGCGUACAAAUUGUGAUACAGUAUUUAAGCAAAUUUUUGAAGAGAGCUGUUCAUUAAUGAAAAACUUUGAAAUUGAAGUAAAAACUCCAAGGUUAUCUAAACGUCAAACUCAACGUUCUAAUCACCCAUCUGAAAAUACUGAAGAUUUUUAUAGGGUGUCUCUAUUUAUACCAUUGGUGGAAAAUGUAUUAGAAGAUUUAAAGUUACGGUUUUUAAGUAAACAAAACCAGACAAUAACAAUUUUGAGUCAACUUAUACCAAAAUUUAUUGUAGAUGUAAAUGAUGAAAAGAUUGACUCAAUAGUAUCAAUUAUGAAAAAUGGUUAUAAAUUUGAUGAUGAUUUAUUAGAACUAUUGGAAGAAUCACAAUUAAAAUCAGAAAUACAACUAUGGAAAGAAAAGUGGAAAACAAUAAAAAAUGAAGGUGGAGAAGUAAUAAAAGAUGCAUUAACAGCUAUUGACCAAUGUAGUGGUAUACUGUACCCAAAUAUUAAAAAAAUGUUAUAUAUAAUUGCUUGCUUGCCUAUUACUGUUGCCUCUGCUGAACGUAGUUUUUCGACACUAAGAAGGGUUAAAACUUAUUGGCGGUCAAGUGGGGCAAGAUCGUUAGUUGGAUUGGCUUUACUAAAUAUACACAGGAACAGGGACAUAAAAAUAGAUGAAGUUAUUGAUAUGUUUGCUGCCACAAAAAAAAGAAAUAUUGACUUAAUAAUAUAAUUAUUUUUUUACUAAUUGAACUACUUUACUACCUAUUGACUGUUUAUUAUUUUAUAUUAUUAUAUUGUUUUUAGGAUUAUAACUGUAUACAAGUAAGAAUCAUGUCUAACAACGAAUAAAGUACCUAUUGCAUUAAAAUUUCCUUAAAUUGUAACAGUGAGAGAUUUUUGACUUUUGUAUUUUGCCCCCCCUGAAAAAUUAUCUCAAAUACG